GCUCUCCUUUAUUUUUCAGCACUUGAGAGGAGAGCUUAAGGGGUUGCACACAGCUAGCACCCCUCUCGCCAUCUCCCUCUCUCUCUCCCUCACUCUCUCACACUCCCUCUCUCUCUCAACAAACAACCACCCACUACCUACAACUCUCACCCACAAUCCUUUGGGCUGACCCUGACCCCCUGAUCUGCUUUGGAGAUGCUGGUGGGUGUAAGUGGGGCCAUGCAGCUUAGGAGCAUGUCCUGGGCCAGGGUCAUCCAGCAGAAACGCAGGUCCAGUAUUUACAGCAAGCCACCCAAGGACAAGAUUGGACCUGGGCAAAGUUUCUUCAUCAUGUCUGUGUUUGCUUUUGCCCUCCUGGCUCCAGCUGGGUGGAUUCUGCAUCACCUCCCAGAGUACCGGCAGAAGCGUCAGGCCCCACCAUCCUGAACAUCUACCAUCUUCCAGCUGCUCCUCAGUAUACACUCAGUAUAACACUGGCUGCCUCUAAAGCAUUAUUCACCUACAAAAAAAGACAAGAAAUAAACAAACACACGAUUAAUGCAGCCCCGAAAAACAUCCCACAGAGUGAUGGAGAAAGAUUUACUCUGUAAACUGUGAACAUGAGAGAAAGCCCUGUUCCUUUAUUUGAUUGUAAGUGACUGCUCAAUGGUGUUUAAUGCCUUAGGACUGUGGCCCCUAAUGCCGCUGCAAUGGCACUUACUUACUGUGUACAAAUACAGGCACUUUCUUCUUUUGCUGAAAUAAACAAACACUAAAUACAA